ACUGAUCAUCAGAGCACUCAUGGUCAGUGUAGCCCCAGCAGUGCCACCUGUCAGUGCUCAUCCAUGACACCUGCCAGUGCCACAUUAAUGCCACAUAUCAGUGCCCAUCUGAGCUGCCUUUCAGUGCCACCUAUCAAUGCCAUCAGUGCCACCUAUCAAUGCCCAUCAGUGCCACCUAACAGUGGCAGUCAGAGCUGCCUAUCAGUGCCAUAUAUCAGUGCUGCCUUUCAGUGAUGCCUGUCAAUGCCCAUCAGUGCUACCUACCAGUGCCUCCUCAUCAGUGCCCAUCAGCACCACCUAUCAGUGCCCAUCACUGCAGCCUCAUUAGCGCACAUCAGUGAAG